GCAUAUUUAUAAAAAUAAUUAUCUUAUCAAUAAAUGAUUAUUUAUUUAACCAUGUACUUAUAUGGUGAUAUUACAAGUAAUACAAGUGUUGUUUUAUUGCGUUCUGUGCAUUUUUUGUAUGCACUUAUUUAAUUGAUUGUUCAGUCAACAACAAAGGUUCUAAACUGAACGUGAAAGUACUAAAUAUUACUAUAGUAGGAAGGUACUUAAUAGUUUCGCUACUUUAUUUACUAUUCAUCAAAGCAGAAAAUAAUAAAAGAAAUGGCCCAAGUAAGGAUUUAUAUUAUGAAGAAAUGAAUUAGGUAUUAAAUAAUUGUUAAUUUUUUUUAACAUUUAGUUAGAUAAACUAUUAGCAGCUUUCCGUGUGUCCACUCAAUAUCCAGCAUUAAUAUCCGCUAGAAUAUUAGACUGUUCUACAACUUCUCUUAGUGUUCAGUCUGUUUGGGUUCAAAGGAUUUUAGAGAGGCAAUCAACAACUAGGUACCGACAAACUGCUGUAUCUGAUUAUAAGACUUAUACUAUAACAUCGCCACCAACGGAUAUAUCUAACGAGUAUAAAUAAUAAUAAUAUUAAUAUUCUAUAUUUUCUUAUUAAAUCAAAAUAAAUAUUCACAUUACAUAGGUUGAUAAGUGCAUACUCAAAAUCAAAUAAGUAUUUUUGUGUCGUAAGAGAAGUGGAAUCUGCAAAGGACAGUAAGCAAUACUUGGAAGUAUGGGCUGAUUGCUGUCUAAUAAAAACUUAUGACCUAAGUGCUUUGGAUGUGCAUGGAAAAAUUUAUGCAGAUGGUAAGUAAUUUCACAUGAACAUUUUUUAAUACUUACUUACUUUUGAUUAUAGUUUGAUGUUUUUUUUUUUUAUGAUUUUUGUUGUAUAGUUGAAUUUGAAACUCUACAAUGGUCACCAGACGAGACAAAAAUUUUAUACAUUGCUGAGAAAAAAGUUCCCAAGUCAGAACCAUUUUUUAAACAAAAACCAAUAUCAUCUGGUGAUAAAAGUGAUGUAGAAAUUAAAAAUGCUGUUCCGGUAUAAAGAUAUAAUCUUAAAUGAAUACAUUAUCAUAAGGUAUUAACUAUAAAAAAUGAAUUAUCGUAGGGUAAAGAAUAUGAAUGGAGCCAAGAUUGGGGUGAGCAGAUGGUUGGAAAGAUAACUCCAGUGUUAGUUGUGUGUGAUAUAAAAUCAGACACUAUAGAACUUCUUCCUAAUAUUCCAAAUAACAUUCAUCCUGCAUCAGCUUCAUGGAUUCCUGAUGGAAGUGGAGUUGUUGCAGUUGGAUAUAAAAUCUCAUCACGUAAAUUGGGACUUGUUUACUGUACCAACCGCCCUAGUCAUAUAUUUUCUCUCACAUUAAAUGGCUAUUAUAGUAAGUAUAAUCUAAAACUAAUGUAAUUGCAUUAAAAAUAUAUUUUGAAUCUCUCUAAAAUUACUUUGAAACGUAAAACAAAAUAAACCUCAGUUUGAAGGAUGUAGAUAAUUAUUAUUUUUCAAAAGAUGGACCUACUUCACAUUUGGGUGGGUUACUGUAGAUGAGAAUUUGGGAAGGUAGAGAGGAAAUUCAAUGUAUUCUAUACACGAUUAAACUUUGCCAACGAAAACAUGAUUCUAAACAAAGUUCGGUUAAUAUAGUUACUUUGUCAACAAUUUAUGUGUUACAUUAUGGUAAUAUAAUUACAUAUAUAAUAUACAUAUAUUUUCUUUAAUAAUAUUAGUUUUAAGAUUAUAUCUAUUUUUUUGUUUUUCCCAUUUAUUGGGAAAAUCAAAGAAUGACUUGUCUAAAGUACUGCCCCAGAAAUAUUUCCUUUCCGAAAAGGUGCUACUAAUAUUUGAUACUCCGGUUUAAGAUUUCUGGUGGAUUUCUACACAGUAUAAAAAGAAAAACUUUUGUAAAAGCAAUACAUUCUUCACUAUACCCAGAAUCUAAAAUGAUGGGUUGGAAUUGUCAAAUAUUUAAUAGCUCAUAAGAACUUGCAUACUUCAAGUGAUGAUAGUAUAAAUUUCUUUACCUUAUCACUUUAAAUUUUAUAAAUUUUUGUAGGUAUAAGCUUAUGUAUUAUAAUAUAGCAUAUAGACUUUAUCUUAAUUAUUUUUUUUUCGUUUGUAUAAUAUAUAUGUUUUUUCGAAAUAUUUAGUGACUCAUUUUUUUGUAAUUUUACAUAGAUGUGUUGAGUUCCGAUUCAGAACUAUCUGUAAAGACUCCCAGGUUCAAUCCAAAUGGUACAAAGCUUGUGUGGUUGGAACGUUUAGUUGGCGGACCACAUCAUUCAUGUUUUAAGUUGAUUUCUUAUAAUUGGUCUACAAAAGAGGUAGGUUGACAUUUACAAUUAUCUAUGUCUUCAUAUUUCAAAAGUUCUUAAGUAAACAUAUGUUACAUAAUUUAGAUGUAAUUUUAUAAAUAUUAUUAUAGAUUACUACAGUGGUUGAUUUUGUUGAUAAUCAAACUGUCAUAGCCAACAAUAAAGAAGUACCAUUUUAUGGUCUGUAUAAUCAGGCAAUACUAAGAAGAAGCUGGUUAAACGAUAAUAAAACACUUUUAUUGAGUACACCUCAAGGUGGUUCAAUACAUACAUUUGCUAUUGAUACUGGUAAUUAAUUAAUAUAUUCUACUUAUGAUAAAAUAUAUAAUGUUAAUCAGUUUAAUUUUAAAGUUGUAAUUUUUAAUAAUCUUUCAGAGACAAAAGAUAUUUAUUAUCUUCCAGUUACAAAACCAUUUCAUGAAAGUGUUAGUGUAGUAGAUGUAUUCAAUGAUAUUUUGGUUUGUCAUAAAUCAUCAUUAAAUAAACCGGGACAGUUAUUUACUAUCAAAAUUAAUUUUGCGAAUGAAAUGUAUGACUUUAAUAAUCUGUCUAUUCAUGAAAUUUCGCCAUCUAGGAGUCUUCCAAACAGCGACGAAUAUGUUGUUGAACAUGGUUAUACUUUGUACGGUAAGAUUUAAAGAGUUGUUCAUUUUAUAUAAAGGAAACUGAUUAAUCAUUUAAUUUAAUUUAAAGAUAAACCUACUACAAUUUUUUAUGGUCCAAAAAAUGGUAAAUGCCCAUUGAUUGUAUUUCCUCAUGGUGGACCUCAUGCAUCAUCAUUAGAUUCCUAUAUGCCAAAUGCUGCAUUCUUUGUUCAAAUUGGUAAUACUGAUACACAGUCUUGAAUAUUUCAAUGUGAAUAAUACAAUUAUUUUAUAAUAAUUUUACUAGGUUUUGCUGUAUUAUUUGUCAAUUAUAGAGGAUCUACAGGUCUGGGUAAAAAUUAUGUUGAAUCAUUACUUGGUAAUAUAGGUGAUGCUGAUAUCAAAGAUGUGUAUAAUGCAGUUCAAUCAAACCCUUUGUGGUCUAAUAGGGAAUUGUUGUUGUAUGGUGGUUCCCAUGGUGGUUUUAUAGUCACCCAUUUGAGUGGACAGUAUCCAGUAAGUACCUGUACAUACUAAUUAAUUUACAUCCUUGAACAAAUAAAUUGUAACAUUUAUUUUAAAAGUUGUUCUUACACAGAAACCAUUUUUAGUAUUAAUUUAGUGUGUUUAAUAAUAUAAUUACAGUCUAAAUUUAAAGCCAUAGUUGCUUUGAACCCAGUUACUGAUUUAAUUACCAUGUCUGGAACAUCUGAUAUAGCCGAUUGGUAUGUUUUUUUUUUAAAGCAGACGUUUUAUUGUAUAUAAAUUGCAUUAUUUCAGAGUAAAUUUAACGCUGUUUCAACUAGAAAUCCAGUUAUUGAUGUGUUAUCACUUUUUAUUACUUCUGAUAUACCAGAUUGGUAAGAAUACAUUUUUUUCAGAAAUGCACUUUCAUUAUUAUUAAAACGUCUGAUUUUCUUUUUUAACUAUUAAAACAGACUUAAAUGGUUGCUAACAUUUUCUCUUUAUAGGGGUAUUACUGAAACUGGGUAUAAUUACUCCUAUUCAGAUGUAUUGGCAAAUUCCAAAGAAGUUUUAAUGAAAUUAGCUGACUGUUCACCAUGUAAGAUUGCUGAUAAAGUUCAAGCUCCUACACUUUUGUUGCUUGGCGAUAAAGAUUUACGUGUUCCUGCAUCUCAGGGUCUUUCUUAUUAUCAUCUUCUUAAGGAACAUGGUGUCACUACCAAGUAAAGUUAGUUAAUAAUAGUUCAAAUGUGUAACUUGAUGUUAAUUUUCAUUGCAGGGUGUUGAUGUACAAUGACUGUCAUCCAUUAGGUUCUGUUUCUGCCGAUAUGGACAGUUCAAUAAACACUGCUCUAUGGUUUAUCAAGUAUACCAAUGAGGACACUAAAGAAUCAAAAGAUUAAAUUUAUUUUAUAUUUGUGAAUCAGAUGAGUUGAUACUUUACAACAAAUUUGUUAUCAUAAUAAAUAAUAAUGUUUAAUUACAGUGGUUUAUAUAUUUAUGAUAGUCUUUAUCAUAUUCCUACCAAUUGCCAGAUUGUAGAAAUGUAUACAGUUUGAUAAAGCAAAGUACAAUACUGCUAUAUCCUUUACGAUAUGUUAAUUAGCCUUUUGUGACUAAAUAUAUGUUAUAUAAUUUUGUGGCGAUAUUUUUCACAAUAUAUUCAUUAUACUUAUUAUAUUUGUAUUUAGUAUCAACAUAAAUCAUAGAUAGGCCAUCAUUGAUAUCAUUCGAUAACAUGUCUUUGUUUAAUCUAUUUUCAUAGUUCAUUGUCAAUUCUGACAAUAAUAACAGUUAACCUGUUGUUGAAACAUAUAUAUUUUGUAAUUCUUGUUACACUGUGAGCCCCGCAUCACACUUUACUUUUUAUACUAUUAUCAAUUACUCAAACUACCUAGAACCUCG